CGGGAAUUUCCCUGGCCCGAAGCUCUGGAGUUUCGUGCAUAAAAGGGGCUCGCAGGAGCCCUAGAGCUCCAGAUCACGACUCAGAGCCUCUAACCAGCUCCAGCACUCCAGACUCCAGCCACACUCCAAUACAGCACCAUGGUCUCAGCCACCGGCUCGCUUCUCUGUGCAGCGCUGCUGCUGCUGGCCGCCAGCCGCCAGGCGAUGGGGGCACCUGUCAAUGAGCUGCGCUGUCAGUGCCUGCAGACCAUGGCAGGGAUUCACCUCAAGAACAUCCAGAGCUUGAAGGUGACGCCCCCAGGACCCCACUGCACCGAAACCGAAGUCAUAGCCACACUCAAGAAUGGUCGCGAGGCUUGCCUUGACCCUGAAGCCCCCUUGGUUCAGAAGAUUGUCAAAAAGAUGCUAAAGAACACCCCCAAGUAAUGGAGAAAGAAGACAGAUUGCUCUGAUGGCGCCUGUCUGGAGAAUGCUGGCUUCUGACAACACUAGCUUAACACAUUUCACACUUUCUUUUGAGGGUCCUAUUUAUUUAUGUAUUUAUUUAUUCCACAAAGUGUGUGGUUCUUAUUUUACAUUAAUAUUUAAGGCUGUGGAUGUGUUUCAUCGAUGGCAGUUCAGUUCUGAUUGUUCAGCUUAAAGAUGGUAGGCUUAAAAUAUCUUAUUAAACUAAUAUUUAUUGGGAGACCGUUAAGUGUCAACCACCACUGUGCUAGAAGAGUAUUGGGCAGCAAGAAGCGCAGAGAGAUGAGAGUUUAUGAUCAUGAUUUGUGUUAGGGUGAGGACAUGUGUGACAGGCUAUGUUUGUAUGUUUUGGAAAUUAUGUCAGUUAUUUAUUGAAAGUCAUCUUUCAUAUUACAUGGUCAACAUUGAUGUGUUGAAGCUUCCCUUGGACAUUUUAUGUCUAAUUGGUAGGGCAUAAUGCCCUUUUAUAUUCUUUCACCAAUGUUUCUCUUUGUCUCAGGACAGAGAAGUUCAAACAAUUGUUACAACUGAAAUAAAAAAUAAAAG